AUGUCUAGGCAAAAGCAAAUUGAACUUAUGAUGAAAGAAUUCAUUCACAAGUAUUCAGAGAGUAAAUCAACUAAACAAAGUGGGGUUACAUUGCCAAUGAUCAACAAAGCAAACAUUUAAGCAACUGGAGAAGGAAAAUUACUUAAUGGCUUUAAGUCUACUAAUUAGUCAAGAAUUAAGCUUGAUAAUAGCCUUCUACCAACCAGUCCUGACAAAAAUUUUCUUAAUUAAUCAUAAGGUGAAGAUGCUGAAUUUAGAAAUACUAAAAGUGUAUUAGCAUCAAGCAUAGAUCAUUCAGACAACAUAAGAGAAUAAUCAUUUCCGAUAGAUUUGAAAUUCAAAAACUUGGCCAAGAAAUCCCCAAGGAGAAUCAAUGGCGAUCAAAAUUCAAAGAGAAGUCAGAAAGCAAGUUUCCAAUUGUUAGAUAAGAACUUUAAAAAGCAGCGAGCUGCCAUGGGUACCUUAGUUAAUCAAAGUGACAAAAUAACAGAAGAUUAAUCUGAAUAAGUUAGCUCAAUGAUACAUUUCAAUGAGACAUUUAACCCGAAUACAAAAGGCAAUUUGAAUUCAAUCUCAUAAGAAGAGUUCAAUUCAAACCCAGUUGUCACCACUUAAAAUGGUGAGCUUUCCGAUAAAAUUGAAACUGGCGAGCUGCUAUCAAUUGAUAAUAGCGCUAAAAAGAGAAAAGAAUUUUAUAAGAUGAUCAGCUCAGAUUAUGUCCCAGGUCCUGGAACAUACAAUGUCUCCUCCAGUUUCAUUUAAACUGAUCGAGGCAAGUUAAGUCACAAAAGACAUUUCAGCUAGAAAGAAUCAAAUCUCAACAGCUCCACUUCAAGAGAAUAAGCCUAUGGUGCUGAUUAGGUAAUUUCAGUUUACUCUGGUAAAGUUUCAGUCGGGGAUGGUAAAUUUGGUUUAAGUUUUGAAAAUGUCAAGAAGCAAUACUUCAAAGAAUAUGAUGUAGAGCUCUAUGGAAGACAUAGUCCUGGUCCCGGAGCUUAUUCACCUUCAACCAGAAUCUUCCCCGACAAUAAAUUUGAUUAAAAGACGAUGUCAAAGGAAAAGAGAGUGUGCCCUAUAGUCCCAAAGUAACAGUAAUAAAUUCAAGCUAGUCCGUUUAGUUAUAAUCAACAAAUUUCUUCAUUUAAUGCUCAUAAGAACUUUAAUCACUACUUUGGCAACAGAGCAGAGCGUAAAGUAGAUGCAAGGCUAUUUGGCUAACAGCAUGCUUACGUAGUAAAAAAAGGAUUGUUUUGA